UCCACUCCCACAUAUGCUGCCAUAUGCCCAAAACUGGACCCACGUAACAGAGUUUGUCAUGGUGGGCUUUGCUGGGGUUCAUGAAGCACGCCUCCUCUUCUUUACACUCUUCCUCAUCAUGUACCUGUUCACCUUGGUGGAGAACUUGGCCAUCAUUUUGGUGGUGGCUUUGAACCAUCGGCUACAUAGACCCAUGUAUUUCUUCCUGACACACUUGUCCUGCCUUGAAAUUUGGUACACGUCAGUGACAGUGCCUAAGAUGCUGGCUGGUUUUAUUGGGGUAGGUGGUGGCAAGAAUAUCUCCUAUGCUGGCUGCCUGUCUCAGCUCUUCAUCUUUACCUUCCUGGGAGCAACCGAGUGUUUCCUACUGGCUGCCAUGGCCUAUGACCGCUAUGUGGCCAUUUGUAUGCCUCUCCGAUAUGGGGCCUUGGUGUCGUGGGGCACCUGCGUCCGUCUGGCAGCUGCUUGUUGGCUGGUGGGCCUCUUUACACCUGUUUUGCCCAUCUACCUCAUGUCCCAGCUGACAUUCUGUGGCCCCAAUGUCAUCGACCACUUCUUCUGUGAUGCCUCACCCCUGCUAGCCUUGUCCUGCUCAGAUGUCACCCUGAAGGAGACCACAGACUUCCUAGUCUCCCUGGCGGUGCUCCUGGCCUCCUCUACGGUCAUUUCUGUGUCCUAUGGCAACAUCGUCUGGACAUUGUUGCAUAUCCGUUCGGCUGCUGAGCGUAGAAAGGCCUUCUCCACUUGUGCAGCUCACCUGACCGUGGUGAGCCUCUUCUAUGGCACUCUUUUCUUUAUGUAUGUCCGGACAAAAGUGGCCUCCUCCUUCAACUUCAACAAGGUGGUGUCUGUCUUCUACUCCAUUGUCACGCCAAUGCUCAACCCCCUCAUCUACAGUCUUCGGAACAAGGAGGUGAAGGGAGCUCUGGGCCGAGGCUUUUCCCUCAGGUCUUGGAAAGGUCAGUGAGGAAGCAAGUGAGGACCUAGUUU